ACAGGAUUGUCACUCCAGCCACUGUUAAAAAAAACAAAAAAAACUCAACACUGUUCCACUCCAAUCGAACUAGCGUGGUGCUGAGGUGUCACCCGAUGAACGGGUGCGCUCGGGUGGUUUGUCGUGUGGUGGGUGCGAUCACGCGCUGUUUCACUGCAGGGAAGGCUCCCAACCUCCCCUCUUCUCCUCCUACUGCUCGGGAGGCGUGGCUUUCUCUGGCCGUGACUCACCGGCUGACCUUCCCAGCCCCGCCUUUUUCAAACAAAACUCUUUAGGUUUGAAACGUGGAUGGAUGCCGUAGUCGUCACGGUGACCACCCACGAAGUGGAGGCAGACUACAUGGAGCCUACAGAUUUUAAAGAAAACAGCCCUGUCUCGUCAUGCCCAACAUUGCUCUCCUCGGUGUCCGGAAAAAGGUUUCAGCGUUUCUCUCUAAUGCGCAGAAAAGAAUGGGGAGCCCUACCCCCUAAACUCCGAGAGCCCAUGAAAGUACCAUCUAACAUGGUAAUAAUCCAUCACACCGCAAUGGACUCCUGCCUUGAGUCAUCAUCAUGCAUCGAGCAACUGCGGCAGAUACAGCGCCUCCACAUGGACACAAAUGGCUGGAAUGAUAUUGGUUACAAUUUUUUGAUUGGACAGGACGGCACGGUGUAUGAAGGGAGAGGCUGGGUCAUUGAAGGGGCUCACGCCAAGAAUUACAACAAUGUGGCUUUGGGAAUUGCAGUUAUGGGCAACUUUGAGAAUGAAUUCCCAUCUUUGGCGUCACUGUCGUCUGUUCAGAAGGUGCUCCAGCAUGGUGUGCUUUUGGAUUUUCUACACCCUGAUUUUAUCCUGAAGACGCAUCGUAAUGUGAGCAACACAAAGUGUCCUGGGGAAAAUUUAUAUAAUAUUAUCAAGAAUUGGCCCAAUUUUGCACCAUAAAAUAGAAGAAAGUCAGUUGAUGAAAUAUGAAAAUUGAUUAAAUGUACAAUCAAUAAUUAAUGGUGAAGCUUAAGGCAGGGUAAAGUGGUAGGGUGGUGCUGUUGUACUGUUGAACUCCAGUCGUAGCAAAUGGUUGUGGGCAGCUGUUGUGCUGUAAUUAACCAUUAGAAUCUCCAUUGUCAAUUUGCACCAAAGAAUUGUGGGAAGCGAUUGGAUUCUUUUGUUUGUUUCAUCAAAAUGAUGUUAUACCACCUGUACUUGAGAACGGGUUAUGCACCUGAAGCUAAGCAAGUUUGGGCCUGGACAGUACUGUGGAUGGAAGACCAUCUAGAAAAAAGCUGAGGUUGCUGCUGGAAGAGGCUUUGGUGCUGGGUUUGUGUGUGGAUCCCAAAGCCCCCAGUGUCAUGGCGGGGACUCUGCACUGUUAAAACUGGAGCUGUCCUUCUAAUGAGACGUAAAACUGAGCUCCUUACUCAGCUGUGGCCAUAAAAGAACCCUGGGCUUCUUUUAAAAAGAGGGUAGGGUGUGCCUGGGUGCCCUGGCUACAUUGCACACCAUGGCCUGGUCAUCCUAACCCUUCACCACCUAGUAGCUAAUGCAUUGGCAUUAAAAUGGCUGCCAUCACAUCCUCCAGGUGGAAGCUGCACAUUGGAUGUGAGUAAAGUGGCUCCCCACGGUCGAUGUCAGGGGUACUCAACUGUGAUCCUGGUGGUCUGCAGUGGGUCACAAUUAGAAGCCAGGCCUAGCAGAUAAUGAGUGCGUCCAAGACAAGUCUUUAUCACGUUGUAUAUUUUCAUUUUCUGAGAACGUUAUGUUUUAAGGUCCAGAAUAGAUUUGUACCUCUCUGUC